AUGCAAAAUAAUGAAAAUAUGGAUGAAUGGAUUAACUGGAUUGAAGAAGCUAUCAGUAAAAAACAUAUUAAAUAUUAUGAAUUUGAAGAUUUUAAAAAUAUUCAAGAAAUUGGUUAUGAAGCAUUUGGAAAGGUUUUCCGUGCAAAUUGGAAAGAUUUUGAUCAUUAUUUAGCGUUAAAGUCUUUUUAUAAUUUUAAUAAUAUUACUUUGAAAGAAAUUGUUCAUGAGCUUAAAAUUCAACGAGAUGUAGAUUUUCAUGGUAAUAUUAUUCGCUUUUACGGAAUAACAAAAUCUGAUUCUGACAUCUAUUUUUUUUUAAUGGCAAAGUUUGAAAAAAAUGAUAAAAAAUAA